CCUCACUACAGAAAGCCCCGCCUCUUCACCUGACACGGAAGAUGUAGAUGAGAAGUUCUCGUUGUGCUGGCUCCGCCCAUUCCGGUUCUGGUUGCUGUGGAGACGAUGAGGGGUACAUAUAGCGGAGAUGACGGGCGGAGAAGGAGCUCCGGUCUCUAGAAUGUUCUGUGGUGCCUCUUCCUGGGUUCCAGCCUCAGCCCCGGACUCCUCACUCCUCCCUAUGAGAUGAAGAAUGAGGUGGAUCGCUCCGCUCCACAGGCCCCACCCCUCUUCUCUCUCCUCCAAUAGACAUGUCACACCCCAGUGACAUCAAAUGUAAGAGGAAAGCCUUUAAUGGGCCCGGCGGGUCUCCUCCGCGUUCUCCUGUUUUGUUGCAGAGGGCGGAGUCUCAGUAUGAUGUCAUCGGUGCAGCCCUGCCCCAGCCAUCAGGUGGCGCCCAGGCUCUCCUCGAUGGGAUGUACACAGAGUUAUCACGCAGACACGGCGGCAGUCAGCAGCUGGUUCUCCUAACCCGCCGGCGCCAUCUUCUGACCCUGACCCGCCAGUUUGUUGUCCUUCAGAUGAGCCUCAUGAAUUACAUGAAUAUCAUGUGUGAGCUGAUAGAGCAGAGCCCCCCGAUACCCUCCCGCCUGUCCGCCAUGUGUCUGAGGCUGCGGGAAGUCACCUCUCAAUGUGCGUCACUGCACAGGAGACUUCGGGGGGACCCCUGCCUGUACCCCAUCCCAUCCCCCUCCAUGCAGGACGCCAUCAGGAACGUCCCCGGUGUCCUGCUCCUCAUGGCGGUCAAAGCCGCCCUCCUUACAGAGCAGUUCAUACUCCGCCUACUGCGCAGGGUGGCCCAAGUCCCAGCCGAGGUGACCCCAGACCUCUGUCGGUCUCUGACGUUGUACAACCAGGUGGUGGACGACUUAGCCAAGCGAGGAAGACCUUUGGCAGAACUGCGGCCAUUUUGUCUGAGCCGGACUUUGGAGAUAUUGGCAGAAGAGAGAGGCGGAGUCUUGAUGGGAGAGAUGUGCCGGAUGUGGUCUCGGUGUGGUCUGGGAGACGUGUUGAGGCGAGAGAUGGAGACCUACAUGAAGCAAGCUACUGAUCCCGACCCGACGCCAUCCAGUACCCUGCAGAAGAAGAGUCAGGUGGUCCCAGGUCAGAGGUCGCCUAGCAAUCUGGGGAUCCUUGUCCAAGAGGACGGGAGUCAGGUGACCCUGGUUCUACAGAAAAGUCAGGUGGUUCCAGGUCAGAGGUCACUGGGGGUUCUGGUCCAGGAGGACAGGAGAGAGAUGAAGUCCCACAUGGACCAAGCUACAGAUCCUGCGCUUAGGACAUCCAAUGGUCAGGUGGUCCCAGGUCAGAGGUCAUCCAGCAAUCUGGGGGUCCUCAUCCAGGGGGACAGGUGUCAGGUGACCCCAGUUCUACAGAUCCUGGUGGGCUUGGAUCAGAAGAUGUGGAAUCAAGUCCUGAGUAGCUCAGAAUCGGCUAUGUAUAGUCAGUACUGUGCCCGUCUGUGGCCAGCCCUCCAUUCCCAAGUCUUCCAUGCCCUCUGUCUGGGGAUGAGGGGACCGAGGGCACUGCCAGCUCUGCCGUCACUUCCGGAGGGUGUGUGUGCGUCCGCUGUCCACGUACUGCGGGAAACCUUCAAUUCAGAAGAUCUCCCGGAGUCGUGUGUCUCGUUGGGUCGCAGUCUCUCUCAAAACCUUCUCCGCGUGCGAAGUCUCAUCGCCUGGGACAACGCGUUGUGCCAGGCGCUAAGCUCCGCCCUAACAGAUAAGUGCGGCGCCUCCACGUUGGGUAGAGGAGAUCCGGUCUCUGGGAAUCCUCACAGCAGAACCUCCAGGAUUCUGGUGACUUUGUGCCAACACCUAUCGGCUUUACUGGUCACACCGAACUCCUCCUCCAACCACCCAUCACCUUCUCGGGAACCCUGGAAUCUGGGUGACCGCCUCACCUCUCUUCCUCCUCCAGAGCCGUGUGCCGUCAUCUGCCAGCAGGGGGCGCUGAGCCGCUGCGCCGUCACCCUGCACCUGUGUGACGUGUGGUUACGAAGCCGCGCCCAGAUCUUCGUGUCUUCUGGGUCACUCGGUCAGCUGGUGCUGAUCACGCAUGGCGAUCUACCGGUGAUAAAGGCGGAGUGUCGCUCUCUGGUGGCGGUAGCAGAGAAUGGAGAUUGGGGUCCUUCCGCCCAAAGCUCAUGUUUGAAGAUAAUGAGGGGCCGGGAUGUCCUGGAGGGCCUGGUGGUCUCUCUGCCGCAUGUUCUGGGCUCGGUGUGUUCCCGGAGGGCCCAGGACGUCUUCCAGCACAUGAUGCCAGCGGGGCGGCACUGGAGAGGGAAGCUGGUGACAGGCCCCGAUCUGGCAGCCAGCGAGUACGCCCAGGCUGCGGUCAGCGCGGUGGUGGUCCCGGUCCUGGAUGGGGUGACCCCGCUGUGUUUGGAGGAACAGGUGUCGGCAGUGUGUGUGGCGGUCCGUGUGUUCAUGGAAGCCUGGAUGGGACAUAUCCUGCGGGAGAAGAUCAAAUUCAGUUUGCAGGGGACUCUCCAGCUCAGACGUGACUUUGAGAGUGUGCGGGAUAUAUUGCGUUCUCAGGACUCCAGGUUGUCUCCAGAGGUGGUCCAGGCGGCUCUGGCUCUCCCGGUUUUUGCUCAGGCCGACAACGCCAUCGUGUGUCUCUUGCAGCAGCCGUCUCGCAAGGCGUACCUUCAGUCUGGAAGCUGUGUGCUCUUCCCAUGCUGUCCUCCUCUGUGCCGGGUGGCCGUGGACAGCAUGUCAGACAGUCUGCAGAGUUUGGACAGCCUGGAGAGGAGAGUGUGGGAUGGGGACACCUCCAGACGCGUACCGCGACACAGUCACGAUUCUUACCUGCCGCACAAUCAGCGCCAGUGGCUUUCACUUCGUGUCCACAAAGCCUGGAAUGGACUGAGCCUGCCCUGGGAAGGCCGAGAAGUAUCUGAAGGAUGAGGGGGGGGGGGCCCCCUCGGGUGGUUCCUACAAGAUGUGGAAUGGACUGAGCGCACCUUGGAAGGGCCGAGAAGUAUCCGAAGGAUGAGGAACUCCUCAGGUGGUUCCUACAAAAUCUGGAAUAGAUUAAGCCCAUCUUGGGAGAGCCAAGUAGUGUCAUGAGGGGCCCCUCGGGUGAGGUCCAACCUUAGGGCAAGAUGGAGGAUGAGACUUCCAGGCAAUAUUCUCAGAGUUGCCCUGGGCCCAGCUUUAAGUGCCAAGAGGUAUUUACCCCUUUUCUGGGUCCGGGAGACUGGUAUACCCCCCCAGCUGACCACCUCCCAGGCAUAAGGACUAACCCAGACAUCGCUUACCACACUCCUCCCCCAUGUGCAGGCACUGGCUCCUCCCAGUCUUCCCCCCCCCCCCUGAUAUUCUGACAAGAAUAUAUAUAUAAUUUAAUAUAUUUGAUAUUUA